ACCAUAAACAACCGGAUCGCAUUCGGAAAAAACCACUAAACGAGCAAAGUUGAGCACGCCAUCGCACGUCCAUCCAAAGAGCUCAAGUUGAAUAUCAUCUCCAUCCAUCAUCAUGUCCACCGAAUCCCGCGCCACUCCCCUCCGCCUGGGCAGCAUCGCCCCCAACUUCCAAGCCGAGACUACCACCGGCCCAAUCGAUUUCCAUGAAUUCAUCGGUGACAACUGGGUGGUGCUGUUCUCGCAUCCGGAGGACUACACACCCGUCUGCACGACGGAGCUGGGCGCGUUCGCCAAGCUGGAGCCGGAGUUCACCAAGCGCGGCGUCAAGAUGAUCGGGCUGUCGGCGAACACCGUCGAGAGCCACGGGGGGUGGAUCAAGGAUAUCGAUGAGGUGACGGGGAGCAAGGUGGCGUUCCCGAUCAUUGGGGAUAAGCAGAGGCAGGUGGCGUUCCUCUAUGAUAUGCUGGACCACCAAGACGCUACCAACGUCGACAGCAAAGGCAUUGCUUUCACCAUCCGCAGCGUCUUCAUCAUCGACCCUAAGAAGACGAUCCGCCUGAUCCUCUCGUACCCGGCCUCCACCGGCCGCAACUCCGCCGAGGUGCUCCGCGUCAUCGACUCGCUGCAGACCGGCGACAAGAACAAGAUCACCACUCCGAUCAACUGGAUCCCCGGCGACGACGUCAUCGUCCACCCGGCCGUCAAGACCGAGGACGCGAAGCAGAUCUGGCCCGAGAUUCGCAUCGUGAAGCCGUAUUUGCGGUUCACCCCGUUGCCGAAGGAUAAGACUAGCGCGGCUUAAAGGGUUGAUGCGCGGGUGUGGACGAGCUGGGACAGUUCAGUCGACAGAUGUGAGGAGAGACGGAGCUAGUGGUAGCUCGAGGUCGAUGAGCGGCAUCCGGUGCGUGAUAGCAUAGACCGGAUGAAGCAUAGGACGAGGGUGAUGUUUUGGCUCGCGUCGGGCUCUUAUA